GGCGAAACAGCAAUAUGGCGAUUGUAAGCCACCGUAGGCUGAAUGUCAUAAUAUUACAAUGAAAAAACAAGGCAUAUCGUGUAAAGUAAUAACCACGUAUUAAAGUCGUAGUUGAAUAAAAUGCUUUUUUACCAAUAACACUGCCAACAAACUAUUUUAAAUUACGUUACAUAUUCCGUUGAGAUAUCUUUAAGAACCAACACGGAAAACAAUAAUGAGUUCUUUUGUAGAACUUGUUACAGAAUAUUCUUAACACUAACAGAAGAACGAAGAAAUAAAUUGUAAAACCUUUGACGAAUGGAAGUAUGUCUUCAAAAAUAUUAUUUACAUUAAUUGCAUAAAUACAAUGGUAAUUUUUUAUCCUAAUACAAGUCUGAUAGUUUUAUCUGUUAAAACUACACUUAGAUAUGAUUACAUUUCAUUUUUUCGUUCAAUAAAAUAUAUACGCAUCUUAUGCAUAAAAAAAAUACACCUAUGACAUCUUUAUGGCCUAAUGCAUUAUACAUUAAAGAAAUUCCUAUUAUAAUCUUUUAAAUUUUUUAUAUUUAAUCAAAUAAAUAAAAUAAAAUGAACAGAAUAGAUAACAAUUCAGACAACGAAAGUUGGCACGAAUGUGCUAAAUGGUUGACCAGAUGCGGAGCUUUAAGAGCUGAUCACAAAGCAAACUGGCCAAAAGCAACCGCGGUUGACUUAGCUUAUACUUUGAGAGACGGUGUGUUACUAUGCAAUCUUCUAAACACGGUCGAUCCUGGUUGUAUAGAUAUGAAAGAUGUGAACCAAAAACCACAGAUGGCACAAUUUUUAUGUUUAAGAAACAUAAAAGUAUUUCUAUCCGCUUGCUCAGCCACCUUCGGCUUAUCUGAUUCUGACCUGUUUGAACCUUCCAUGUUAUUUGAUUUAUCAAAUUUUCAUCGUGUACUAUGUACUUUGUCGGCUCUAUCAAAUUGUUCCCGUUUAAGACGCAGGGGUAUCCCUGGUUUUUCCAUAAGUCAUGGUAGAUCACAGGAGGAUAUUUAUAAGGGUUUACAGAGUGCCGGUGCAGGUCGUGAGGAUGAAGGUCGUCGCAGAAGAUUUAGAAGGCGGGAGGGAGACGAAGCUGGCGGAGGCGGAGACAAUGAAGAUCCGGUCGAAGAAGAAGAUGGGUAUGGAGCAUAUUGCAGCCAUGCUAAAAGCGAAGAAAUCUACCAAGAUCUUUGUAGCCUACACUUACCACCUGCUCUAUCUGUUAUUCAGGAUGGCGCAAUUUGUGGAGGUGAAAAAAGGGACUAUGUGAUUCAGGAACUUGUUGAAACGGAACGCAAUUAUUCAGAUGUUCUUAACAGUUUGCUUAAACAUUUCGUUAGACCUCUGUCUCUUUUAUUGCGACCAGAAGAUUCAGCACGUAUAUUUUUUGGGAUAAAAGAACUUGCUGAAAUUCAUGCAGGUUUUCAUAGCCAGCUUCGAAAAGCAAGAACCGGUACAGCUUUGGCACAAGUUUUCCUUGAUUGGCGACAAAAAUUUCUUAUUUAUGGCGAUUAUUGCGCUAAUCUUACGCUUGCUCAAAAUACAUUACAGGAAGCCUGUACACGCAACGAAUCAAUUAAUCAGGAAGUUAUUAGGUGUCAACAAGAAGCAAACAAUGGUAAAUUCAAACUACGGGAUAUACUAUCAGUUCCAAUGCAAAGAGUAUUGAAGUAUCAUUUAUUACUAGACAAACUAGUAGAAGAAACUCCUUACGAUUGGUUAGAAGAUAGGCGUCAGCUUGGAAAGGCUAGAGAAGUAAUGGUUGAUAUAGCUCAAUAUAUUAAUGAAGUAAAACGCGACUCUGACACAUUGGACAUUAUAAAAGAUGUUCAGGCAUCGAUAAUUGAUUGGGACGUUCCAGAAGAUGCGCAAUUAAAAGACUUUGGCCGAUUACUUUUAGAUGGAGAGCUUAAGGUAAAAGCUCACGGUGACCAACGGGUAAAAGCCCGAUAUGUAUUUGCUUUCGAACAAGUGAUAUUAAUUUGUAAAGCAGGUAGAGGAGAACAGUACUGUUACCGUGAAACAUUACGUUUAGAUAAUUAUCGAUUGGAAGAUCAUACAGGUAGACGAACACUUGGCAGAGAUUCUCGAUGGUCUUAUCAAUGGUUGUUGGUACACAAACAAGAAUAUACAGCGUACACGUUGUAUGCAAAAACAGAAGAGCAAAAACAAACAUGGAUUAAGGCAUUGCAAGACACAAUGGAUAAUGUCAAUCCUGCUGCUUGUCGUAAUACGAAUCAUAAGUUUAAACUUACAACAUUUGAUACUCCUCGUAGUUGUCAACAGUGUGACAAAUUUUUGAAAGGUCGCAUAUUUCAGGGAUACCGAUGUGAUGUUUGUCGCCUAGCUGUACAUAAACAAUGCAUUGCGCAUUCAGGUAGAUGUAUGCCAGCACCGCCUCCACCUCCACCUCCGCCGCCACUACCAUGUGAGCGUGCACUCUCGGUAAAACUGUGGUUUGUCGGAGAAAUGGGACGGGAUACGGCCUCGAAUAAACUAGAACCUCGCGAAGAUGGUACAUACAUGUUACGAGUACGGCCUGCAGGUCAACCCCGUUUGAAACAUGAAACUAACUACGCACUUAGUAUCAAAGCAGACGGAGCGGUAAAACAUAUAAGAGUAUUUAAACGUGAUGUCGAUGGCGCUGACUUGUAUUAUCUCAGUGAAUCUCGUUUCUUUAAAAGUGUAGUCGAACUUGUCGAGUAUUAUGAACGAGCAUCGUUGUCUGAAAACUUCGAAAAAUUAGAUCAACGUUUAUUAUGGCCGUAUAGACGCGUAUUAGCUAAAGCUUUGUUCGAUUUUCGUGGAGGCGAACGAAACGAAUUAAGUCUACGACGAGGCUGUAGAGUUGUGGUAUUAAGUAAAGAAGGUGAUGCCAAAGGAUGGUGGAAAGGAAAAAUAGGAGAUCAAGUAGGAUUUUUUCCAAAGGAAUAUGUUGAAGAAGAAUAAUCAUGAAUUAUAUUAUCUAGGUACUCUUCCUUAAUAUGAUUGUACAACAUUCUACUUCUCAUGUGUGAUCGUGCAAUCGCAAAAAGAUUUAUUAGAACACUCCUCAAUAGAGAACGAAAGGAAAAAGUAAACUACAUAAUAACACAUUUUUAUGUCAUACUACAUGACAAAAAUAGACUUUCACACACUGAUAUCAUAGAAAUGCAGUUUAUUUUACUGUUCUCUUUGCUUGAGGUUGCAUUGUAUUACAAUUAUAAAAAUAGAAGAUACAUAUUUGCGUAAUUCGACCGAACAUAUAAAAACGUAUACGUUUAGGUACUUGUAUAGACGACAGAAGUACAAUUAUUUUUCGGUACUACAUGACAGAACUAAUACAGUUAGAAAAGAUCAUAAAGAUUAAAGUUGUCUAUUUUUGUAUGUUAAAAUUAUGGAAAAAAAACAUAUUGCCAAAUGUUUAUACUUUUAGACAACUUCUUUCUUUAUGACUGUAUUUUGAAGUCAAUUGCAAAGCCUCAAUUGUAUAUACUGUAAUUCUGUAUUGUUAACGAUACAAAUUUUAGCUACUUCUUAAAUAUAAGCGUAUACAUACAUAAAUAUAUAAACAAUCGCUACACGCAUUAUUGUAACAAAUUAAUUAUACUAUUUUUUUAACUGUUACACAUAUUUUCUGAUUGUGCCAAUAAGAAUAACUAAUAAAAUUUAGACCUUA